AUGUCGUUGGCUGAAGAACUUAUGGCUGAUUUUGACGUUUACCAUGAUGAUGAUGAUGACGAGUUAGACGAACUUCUUGAGCAACAAAAUGAAUUUAAAGUACCGAAAAAGAGGAGAUAAUUGAAGAAGAUGAUGGAAUUGAAGAAGCGACGGAAGAAGCGAUGGAUGUUGGAAAAUAUCAAUCAGUUUUUGACGUGGCGAAAUUGGCAAAAGGAGAGGAAUAUGUGAGACUUGUUGAACAAUUGACAACUCGCUUUAGAACGACCCAAUCUUGAAGAUGUUAUUUUAACGGCGCCGUUAGGGAAAAUUUGCAGAUCCACAAUAUAAAUUGAUUGUUCGAAAAUUGUCGCAUGUGAGUGAGCAUUUGUUUUCAGUCAAAAAUUCAAUAUUUUUGCAGAUAGCCGCAGAAAAAUAUCGAUAACGAAAUCAAUGUGAUUCAACAAAUUCGUCUCACCAUAGCGACAAAUACGAAAAACAUGUGGUGCAACUUCCUCAUCUUCGAAACCCUUGUCCCAAAUGCUCUUGAUUCAAAAACCUGGCAACUGUCCAAUUAUUGGGGAACGAUAUCAAUACAAAAGGGCAAAAUAAAGAGCUUUUGGGGCGAAUAUUAGCACCAGCAACUUGUAUUGUAGUUAGUGUAACUGUCUCGGAUUAGACAACCCAAGGUACAAAAUUAGAGCAAGAAGAAUUGGAAACUGUAAUGGAGGCGUGUAAUUUGGCUGAAAAAUUGCAUAUGGAUCGAUUGUGUAUGCAUAGAUUGGUUGAGAUUCGAAUGUCAUUGAUUGCUCCGAAUUUGGUGAAUCUUUUGGGUGCUUCAACUACAGCUCUUUUGGUUUCACAAGCUGGUGGAUUAGCACCGCUUUCUAGAAUGCCUGCUUGUAAUGUACAAGUAUUGGGGAAGCAAAAGAGGAAUUUGGUGGGAUUUUUCGAGUGUUUCUGUUAA